GAGGCGGGGGGGAAGCUGCUCUCCCGUCCGGCCCGCGGCAGGAAACAAAGAGCCAGGCAGGCAGCGGAGAGAGGGCGGCGGGGAGACGGGGAUGCUGCAGCCACAGAGCAGGUCUCGUAAUUGGGAAUUUAUCAACAUUUCCACUGGGGUAAUUUUACAGGAUUAUCUGCCCUGUGUUCUUCCUGCUGGUUCAUCUGGACUCUGUGGAGUUUGCUGCUAGCAAUGAAGCCUUCUGUGGGGGUUUAUUCACGCUAUUACUGAAAUGGAGCCAUUCGCAUUUGGAUUAACGCUUUAUUCACUUUCCACUUGAAUCGCUUGGAUCAGUCCAUUUAUAAAAAGGAGACUACUAUGCAUCUUUUUUCUGUUUGCAUAUUGAAGUUGAACUCGGUGCAUCCUUGAUGUGUUCAGGCUGUUUACUUUGCUUGAAUGUUAGAGGAAGAACUGAAAUAUAAAGAUAGAUGAGACUAUAAUACUGCAUGGGCAGGAAUGCCCAAAGAAAAGUACGAUCCACCUGAUCCACGGAGGAUGUACACAAUUAUGUCCUCAGAGGAAGCAGCCAAUGGAAAGAAAUCAAAUUGGGCGGAGCUGGAAAUAAGUGGGAAAGUAAGAAGCUUAAGUUCAUCUUUAUGGUCACUGACCCAUUUGACAGCUUUGCAUCUCAGUGACAAUUCCUUAUCCCGUAUUCCUUCAGACAUUGCCAAGCUUCACAAUCUGGUCUAUCUGGACCUGUCCUCUAAUAAAAUCCGUAGUUUACCAGCAGAACUCGGAAACAUGGUGUCACUCAGGGAACUCCAUUUAAAUAACAACCUGUUACGGGUUCUACCAUUUGAGCUGGGAAAACUAUUUCAGUUACAGACAUUAGGUCUGAAAGGAAAUCCACUUACGCAGGAUAUACUGAACCUCUACCAGGAACCGGAUGGAACACGAAGGCUCCUGAAUUAUUUGCUUGAUAAUUUGGCAGGUACUGCAAAAAGAAUUUCAACAGAACAACCACCUCCAAGAUCUUGGAUUAUGUUGCAAGAACCAGACCGAACAAGACCAACAGCCUUGUUUUCUGUCAUGUGUUACAACGUACUUUGUGAUAAAUAUGCCACCCGGCAGUUAUAUGGCUAUUGUCCAUCGUGGGCACUGAACUGGGAGUACAGAAAAAAAGCCAUUAUGCAGGAAAUCUUGACCUGCAAUGCUGACAUCAUAAGUCUUCAGGAGGUUGAAACUGAACAGUACUACAGUUUUUUCCUGACAGAACUGAAGGAACGUGGCUAUAAUGGGUUCUUCAGUCCAAAAUCUAGAGCUCGGACAAUGUCAGAACAGGAAAGAAAACACGUUGAUGGCUGUGCAAUAUUUUUCAAGACCGAAAAAUUCAUCUUAGUUCAGAAACAUACUGUUGAGUUCAAUCAAUUAGCUAUGGCAAACUCAGAAGGGUCUGAAGCGAUGCUGAACAGAGUUAUGACAAAAGAUAACAUUGGAGUUGCAGUGUUGCUAGAGCUGCGAAAGGAAUUAAUAGAAAUGUCAUCUGGAAAGCCACAACUUGGGAUGGAGAAGCAGCUAGUUCUUGUAGCUAAUGCACAUAUGCACUGGGACCCUGAGUAUUCUGAUGUGAAGCUGGUUCAGACUAUGAUGUUCCUCUCUGAAGUAAAGAACAUUAUUGAUAAAGCCUCUCGUAACCUCAAACCUGGACUUUCGGGAGAACUUGGAACCAUUCCACUUGUACUGUGUGCAGAUCUCAAUUCUCUGCCAGAUUCUGGUGUUGUUGAAUAUUUGAGCACUGGUGGGGUGGAAACAAACCAUAAAGAUUUUAAGGAACUGAGAUACAAUGAAAGUCUUACCAACUUCAGUUGUAAUGGAAAAAAUGGAACAACGAAUGGAAGGAUUACGCAUGGUUUCAAGUUGAAGAGUGCCUAUGAGAAUGGCCUAAUGCCUUACACAAAUUACACAUUUGACUUCAAGGGUAUUAUUGACUACAUCUUCUACUCUAAACCUCAGUUAAAUAUACUUGGCAUUCUUGGACCUUUGGAUCAUCAUUGGUUAAUAGAGAACAAUAUAAGUGGCUGUCCCCACCCACUCAUCCCUUCGGACCACUUCUCACUUUUUGCACAACUGGAGCUUUUGCUGCCUUUCCUGCCUCCGGUAAAUGGAAUCCAUCUCCCUGGCAGGAGGUAGUCAAGUACAACUUAGAGGGUAACCUCAAUUUAACUUGUAAAAUUGUAAAAUCUGAAUAUAGAGGAGUGAGGUAUGGCCAACAGGGAUUUUUUCUUAAUGAUCUUAAUUUUAAAUCUAAUUAUUUGAUAAAGACAUAGUAAAAGCCAGGUGCUAUCAACAGACACAAUUCUGAGCCCAAUAUACUUUAUAUACUGUUAAACAGGAAUUGGUGCAUAUGCACUUUUCUUCAAUUUGUUACAAUUAAUCAUCCUGUUUCUUCUCUAUCCAACAGAACACAUUCAUGCCUUGAAAUAGAGAAUUGUUAUACAGUAUAUUCUCUUUGCACAGAUAUCUGUAGCACUACUUUUUUGAGGCCAGUAGUAACAUCGAGAACAUUCUUCCGUACUUCACUCCCUCCUUUUUCAGACUUGCUUGUAAAAUAUAGAAUUUGAAUUUAGCCUUUAUUGAUUGUAUAUGAACAACAGAAGACCUGAUUUAUGAGAUUUUGUACUUUAAAAAAAAUCAGAUUUGGAAAAUGAUUGAUUGUAUUGUAAACUAAGGCUAAAUUUUUAUCUGUUUUCAUGUUAUAGAGGCCAGCUUGUAAAAGAAGUUGCAACAGGUUUUCUCUGCUAAUGAUUUGCACUUGUUAGGGUUUUGUUAGCCCUUUUGUACUACUUUUAUUUUCAGUUGAGAACAUUGCUUUUUAAAUCUAAAUCUGUAAAAUAUUGGCAAAUAUCUUAAUUAAAUAUAUGCAUUUGUCUUUUUGAUUUAAAAAGAAAAACCAUAAAGUUCUCACAGAACAGACAAGCUAAGCAGUGAAUGAUGAGUAGGUCUGUAUGGACUAAAAGUUAUUGUUGAUGUGUGUGCAUUCUAAUAUUUUUAUCUCUGAUUUUUGAAGUAAAAUUAGGGAUGCUUGUGUACAGCUUCUUAAUUUUUAUUUUAAAUGCUAUUUGUCCUAUCUGCACUGUGCCUGCUUAAAUUUGUUCUCAACUAGCACUGCCUGUGCAUGCAGAGAAAAUCUGUGCAUCCUCUUUUAUAUUUUUUAAAUAAUGUUAACACUUGUGAAAAUUUUAUGAAGAUACUUUUGUAUAAGCUGUGGCAUCUUUAUUUCCUCUUGAAGCAUUGAAUACACACUUUUUGAACAUGUUCAGAUUAUGGGUACACAGUUCCUAGCUUCUAAUACCUAAGCACUGCUUCUUUCAGUGUCAUCGCACAGUGCUAUUUUUUCACAAAGAAAUACUAUUAUGUGAAUCCUUUUCAGUUUAAGUGUGUUCCUCAGUCUCAGAGACCGUAUCAUUCCUUGAAGAAAAAAAAUUACAUUUUCUGUUUAUGAAGCAGUGUAAAUUAGAUGCAUUUUCAGUACAGGUCCCUAAGAUAAUUCUUCAGAUCAUUUUUAAAGUGACCAAGUCAUAUUUUAAAGUGUCAAACAAGACUAAAGUUAAAUAGUGUACCUUUAUAGUGCCAUUAGUGUCAUAAAGCCAAGUAUAAAACAGCUAAUAAAUUUAACUUGGACUUAUAAAAGGGAGAAUUUAUCCACUCCUCCUUAACUAAUACACUUUCAAAAAUCAAUGUAAUUAAUUGAGAGAGAGAGAGAGAGAGAGAGGAAGCUUGGUCUAACUGCUUUUGUUUCAACUGCAGGCAGGGAAGCAAAAGGACACUGAGCAUUACUAGAAAUUUCUGAAUAUUAUAAAUUUUUGUAUAGAGAAUGAGUUAGGUAAUAAUGAUUCAAAAUUUUAUGAAGAGAAAAUUGUCAGCACUUAAAUGUGCUAAAACCAUUCUGUUUUAAAAGAGAAGUAAAAUUACAAAUAGUUCUGAUCUACAAAAUGUGUGUUUUAAAUUUCAGUAGGAAAAGUCUUGAUCUUGAAUCCUUGUCUGGGACCUGAUUUUGUUUUGUUUUUUAGUUGUGCAAACACCAAACAUGUCCAAUUUAUAAUCAGUACAUUGAAAUGCUGGUAGUAUUGAUGUAGUAGAUUUAAUGCUUAGUGUUAUUUUUUUCCUGUUUGUUUUUUUUAUUUUGUUUUUUGUAAAGUGUGAAUAAAAGGUGUUUUACUCAUGUUUCCUUAACAAUGUGUUGGUAAUGCGCAUCAUGACAAUUUCCAGUGACGAUGAGCCUAUUUAGCUUGUCAAACUGAGCAAACCUAUUUUUUUUUCCUGAUCUGGAUUAUAUAAUAGGUCCAGAAAGCUUUACGGAAGGGGAAGGGAAGCACUUACUCAUUUUGUAUUUCUGGGAAAUAAUUUACUUUCAUACAUGCUGGAGCUUGAGUGCACUUGUUAGAUUCAAAAGGUUUGAGCUUUACACAAUACCUUUUCACCUGUAUUUGGUAGUCUUUUAAAUAUAUUUGAAUUUAUGGCAGCCUAUUAAAACAUUAUGGCCCUUUGUGUGUUGAAGACACAAUUGCUCUUCCCUGGACACACUGCAAUCUAUGGGUCAGUUUGAACGACUUUUCUCCUUCUUUUAGACUAAUCCUGUAGGGUCUGAUCUAAAGCCCACUGAAUGUAGUGAAGAGAUUCCUAUUGACUUCAGUGGGUUUUGAGUCAGAUGCUAAGGCUACGUCUACAUUACUGCAUACUUUGGCAUACCUUAUGUCGCUCAGGGGUGGGAAUAACCCACCCCCCGAGUAAGUUACACCGACAUAAGCGCUCGUGUGCACGGCACUAUGUCAUUAGCUUCUGCCAUUCAUGGAGGUGGUUUUAUUAUACUGAUGAGAGAGCUCUCUCCCAUUGGUUAGAGCGUCUUCCCCAGACACACUGCAGCGGCGCAGCUGCAUUGGUACAGCUGUACCGUUGCAGCAUUGAACAUGUAGACAUCCCUAAUAACCGUGACUCUGAAGCCUACUGAAGGAGAAAUUUUUUAACAUAUGGGAAAAGAUCAGAUGCGCCAAUACUGGACUGAUGUAAACUUCGUUAAACAAAUUUAAAAUAAAUAUUUUCCUGUGUUAAACAAAUCUCA